AUGGAUGCAGAUAAUUCAGAGUUAAUACGAUUAAGACAGGAGAACUCUGACUUAAUAGCAAAGCUUGCAUCAAUGAAAUCCCAAAUUGAUAUGACAAAUGUAGUAACCACCCAAUUAGAAACAGUUUGUGCGAAAAAUAUUUCAUUAGAGAAAGAAAUUCGUGAUAUACAGGGAAAAUAUGAUGAUUUGGCAAGACGAUUAAAGAUUUCUGUCGAUAGAAAUCAAGAACUUCAAAGUCAGGUUGAAUCUAUUCAGUUACAGGGUAGUUCAAACUCAUCUAAAGAAGUGGAAAAUCUCAAAAAUAACAUUAUUGUCUUACAGAAAACAAUUAACGAAUUGCGGAAUAAUAAUCAGACAUUUUCACAGAAAGUCGAUAAAUCGAUGCAAGACUUAAAUGAAUCGAAAGAAAUUACAAACAGUAUACUUUCUGCUGCCGAAAAUUACUUUGAUACAAAAUUCUCAAAUCCAGAAGCCUUAAAAUUCCGAUUUUCCCAAAAAGAAGAACCCAAAACCACUACAAUUGUAGAAACAAGUAAUAACUCUUCAGAAUAUGAACUCAUAGCUCUCUGCCAAGAAAUUAAAAAGUUAAAGAAAAUAAAUCGUCGUCUUUUAGCAGAUAAAGACGGAUUAGUUCAUGACUUUCAACUUCAAGAGCAAAAGAAUAAAGAUAUUUUAGAUUCAACUACUCGUCAAUUCCAAAAUCAAAUUUCAAACUUGAAAUUAGAAAAUGAUAAACAACAUAUUCUCAUUAAAGAGCUUACAACUAAGAAUGGAGAUCUCGCUACUGCUAUUGCAAAUCAGAAAAUGCAAAUUAUUACAGAGCAAAAUGGUCAAACAGCUCAAUUAAAGGACGAAAUACAUGAAUUAGAAGCAAAAUUAACAGAACGAGAUAGUAAUAUUAAACAGCUAACAGAUAUGAACUCAAAUCUUAAGAAAGAAAUGUCUAAUCUUACAAAUAAAUACAAAUCAUCUCAAAAUGCUAGUAAACUCUUAAAAGACGAGUUAACAGAGGCCAAUAGAGCCAAAAUAGAAAUCAAAUUCAAUUAUGACCAUGCAUUAGCUAAAAUUGAAGAUUUAACUCAGCAAUUAAAUUCAUCAGAAUCAAGAUACAUGAGUAAAGAGUCAGAUUUCAGAGGAGAAGAAGAGAAGAAUAAAGUAUUAUCAUCACAGUUAUUACAAAUCAAAACGGAAAACGCUAAAACAAUCAAAAUUUUAUCUGAUGAACAAAUUAAAUCAAACAAUCAACAAAAUCAAAUAGAAAAGCUUACGAAAGACUUAGAAUCGGCUAAAACAUUCGGUAAUGAGCAAUCAGCCCUUGUUAACAACUUAACAAAACAAAGUCAACAAUUAUCAGAACAAAUUUCAAAAAUGGAGAAAGAAGAAAAGGAAAGAAGAUUAAGGGCAGCUACAGAAGAACGUAGACAAUUGCAAUCUCAAACAGAACCAAUCAAUAUUAAUGUUUUUGAAAACAAAGAUUUACCACAAGAAUUACAAACAUUAAUAUCAGAUAUUUCGAAGAAUCAGACACUCCGUGUACAAGCCAAAAUGAAGAAUAUAUUAACAGUUGUUGUUCAAUGGUACAAUAAAGCAAUUACAGAUAAAAACAAUGAUAUAGAUAAAAAUCAAACAAAAUUAAAACAAAUUUCUGAAAAAUUUGAACAAGUUUUAGAUGUUUUAACAAGAAAUCUCGGUAUAGAAAUGUCAUUAGAUGAUUUAAUUAAAUCAGAACAAGGAUUGACAACAAUAUCUAAUACAUUAGCUGAGAAAGGAUAUCAGAUACAAGAAGACAAAAAAUUUGACGAUCAAAAAGAAAAAAUUGUUUUAGAAAUUUUGUCAAUUUUAGGUGCAAGAAAUGAAGACGACGCAAUAACUAUUAUACAACAAAUGAUUGAUGAAAUACAAGCAUUGCAUGCUAAUAUAAAAGAUAUACGCAGGCAAAACAAAUCCAUUAUUAAAGCCGCUAAACAAAGAGAUGAAGAAUGUAUUUCAAAAUUAAGUGAAUUAGAAAAUGAAGCAACAGAAAUCUCAGACAAAGCAAUGAAACUUGAGACAGAAAACAAAUCUCUUCAAUCAAAGAUUAAAGAAUUACAAGAUCAGCUUGCACAAGAACAAGAAGAUCACUCAAGAGAAAUGAAAACAAUGGCUGAAUCUCAUGCGUUACAAAUUGAAGAAUGCGAAAAAGCUGUUAAAAAAGCAAACGAAAGAACAAGAGAAGAAAUACAAAAAAGAGCGGAUAUCGAAGAAAACUUAAGACAAGAAUCAAAUGAGAAAGAGAAGAUACAGAGAUCUUUACAAUUAAUGCACAGUUCGAAGAAGAAAUAUGCUGAUGAAGUUGCAAAAACUCAACAACAAAUUAAGGAAAUUGAAUUAUCUUCUCAAGAAAGAAUUAAAGCUGAAAGACAAACAAUAACAACAAGAUUUGAAGCAGUUAUUGCACAAUUAAAGGAUCAUAAUGGUGAGUAUCAAACAUCUUCUGAAAAAAUGAAACAAAAGAUCAAUCAACAAAAUGAUGAAAUUUCGGAUUUGAAUGAAAAAAUUAAACUUUUGUCACUUGAUUUACAGAAAGUUAAUAUGCAGUUGAAAUCAAAUGAAGAGCAAUACAAGAGAGAAUUAAAGCUACUGGAAAACCAAUUAACAACAAAAAUGUUGUUCAAAGAGAAAGAAUUAAAUAAUCAGUUAGGAGUUACAAAACAACAAGCAGAAUCCACAAAAAGAGCUUUAAUAGGAAGAAUAGGAAUUGAGUUUUGCUCUUUAUUUAAUACAACAGAAGAAAUUAAUGAAGAGAAUUUUGAAAAAUUUGUAGUUUUACUACGACAAAGAUUUGAUUCAUUAAUAUCAGAGAAUGCUAAAUUAAGGAGUCAAUUGCAAAUGAAGCCAAAUGUUUAA